AUGCGGUUUCCUGUAGAUUCGUCCUUUUCGGAUCUUGAAUGGAAGACAAGUAUAGAAGUGUUUUCCGCUUAUAUCCAGCAUAAUGGUCCUACUCUAUUUUCUUUUGAUUUUCAUCCAGCGCAUGUUCCUCAUAUGAUUUACCAUAUAGAUGGUAUUUUAACUUUGGAGUGCAGUAAUCUCAUUAUCUACUUUGAUGCGGAUCAUGCAGCAAAUUUUAGUUCUAUGCGUGAUUGUAUGGUUUGUUUUACCAUGCCAAGGGAUCUUGAGUUUAUUAAGUUGUUUGAAGAGGCUUUAUCGUCAUUUGGUACAGAAUGGGCGGAAGUGAAAGAUGGAGAAUCUUCGUUGUAUCAUCAGUAUGAAUCUACUAAAGCACAAGUAACAGAUGAGAUUUUCCGAUUUGAACAAAAUGAAGAUGUACAGUUCCAAGUGUUACGCAGUCAGAUUGCUUUAAUGCAAAAGUUGCUGAAUCAGAAAGAUGCACAUAUUAAUCACUUAAAUAAGCAGAUAGAGUAUCUACGAGCCAAUAAGAUGCAACCCUUACAAACCACAUCUGUUACGUAUUUGGUUGAAUCUCCUUGUAUCUCAUCUAUCACAGAGAAAGAAAAUGAACAUACCUUGGCGAAAACAAUAGACCAUCUUUUCUGGAGAAGGGAUCAGGUAAAUAGUCAACAAGAUUGCCGCGCACGAGUAGGACUCCGAGGAAUUCAGAAACUCAAGAAACAGGAAUGUCAUUCAGAGAUGCCUCCAGAAGAGGGUAUUAAAACGUUUGAAGGGGUUAUGGAAUACCUGCUUGAUACAUCACCAGAACAGCUUUUGGCUAUGUAUCGAUUAGUUUUUCCAAUACCUGCGACCCUACCACCCAAUUACGAUGAAGUAUGGAAUAAAUUCGUAUCCUGGGUGUACGCUCUUCCGGAAGGAAAGCCGUCUUCUAGUUAUGUCGAUGUUGGAAGACAACUGUACACGGAAUUGCGCACAAUACAAUCUGCACAUGAUAAUAUUGAAGAGUGUAUCCAAACUUUGCCCAGGGUCAUUGACAAACCUUUAAAAGAGGAAGCUCCUCCUCCUCAGGCGUUGCAAAAGGCGAAAAUUUUAAUAAUACCACCUACCGACACUGAAUGUUAUGGACGACAAUUGAAAAAUAAUCAAAAUCAUAAUUCCGAUCAAAGAGAAAAUGUUCAACUCUUGCGACAUGACUCUGCUUUAGGUGAAAGAAGGAGAGGUCGUUCACGUAGCAGAGGUAAUUAUCGAUCACGAUCUCGAUCCACAUUUGUUAAGACUAUUGAGAAUAUAAGUGAAAACAAUAGAACCCCCUCGAGGCACGAUACACUAUCUGGGGCAUUGGGCCGCAAUCAUAGAGAAGUAAGAGCAGUUGAUAACGUUGGUGUAAAAAAAUUGCAAAAAUUGGCCACAUUACCAUGGGAACUACCAAAGUCAAAGAAAGAUGGGAUAUCUCCUUUUUUUCAGGGGCAUAACCUUUUUCGACGAAAACAUUGUACUCUUUUACCGUCUAAAGAAGAAGAAGAUCGUUUGCCCUUACAACAAGUUGAUGUAGACCCUCUAUCUCUUAAAUGGAUUAGGCGGCGACUGAAACAAGAGGCACAAGACUAUUUUAACAGAGUGUGGAACAUCAUGCGGCGACCUCCCACUCCCAACGAAGAGAAAGGGGAACCGCAUUUGCGCAUUAAAGAAAAAGAUGCAGUACUUUUGAAAAAGGCAGGUGUUAUUCGAGAAGCUUCAGAACACCCUACAAUCGGAUGGGUACUACCUUUUACAGUGGUGGAAAACCAACCAUCAGGGCAGAAACGUCGUUUAAUUGCGUGGGCGAAAGCAAAGAACGAUCAGGAAAAUUACGAUAUCGACGUUCCAUUGGAUUACAUUUCCGAAUAUCUCAGUGCAGUUUAUGAUGAAUCAGCAACUUUAAUGAACUUAAAGUCUUCUUCCUUCCAAGUUGUUUUACCAGAAGAUAUACAGGCAAAUUUUCGCUGUCGAACAGAAUCUGGAGAACUUGUGCAGUUUACUCGUCUUCCUAUGGGCUAUAAGUGUAGCUUAGAAAUUCUUCAUACUAUUACAAGAGUUUUAGCAGGAGAUCCUAAGAUUGUAAAACCGCAGUUCGCUGCUCCUAAAGAAUUGAAGGUACAUGUUUGGAUUGAUAGUAUCCGUGUAAGUGGUUCACGAGAAAUGGUGGAUAGAUGGACAAAACAGAUUUUUCAGAAUAUGCAACAAUGUGAAGCUACAAUAGGAGAACAGGAAGUAAUUACUGAAAAAUAUGAAUUUAUAGGUGUACUAUUUAAUCAUGAGACUCAAACCAUCUCUUUAGGCCAAAAGAUGAUACAAAAAUUAAAGGAAGCCCCCUCUUUUCGAACAUCUACAAUGGAAGAGAUGGAGGAUACUGUUUUUCGAAUUAUGUACGCUUCAGGUGUACGAGGGGAUUCUCUUUUUACUUAUUAUUUUUUCUUGAAGUUGGUGCGUCAACGAUUAUCACGCAUUAAUAGUGGGUUUUUGUGUAUGCAAGAUUCAGCAGAUCUACCUUCACAUGCGUUAAAGGUGGGAGAAGAAUGGAUUAAACACUUAUUGAAGAAUGAACCCGUUCAUCCUCCAAGAAAUUUAAAAACUUCUGCUACAUUGGUUACAGAUGCAUCUAUGCAUGGGUGGGGGGCGUUGUUGUUCAAAGAUACUGGAGAAGUUUUGGCCGCAGGUGGCGCAUGGGAACGUGCACCACAUAUAAUUUCACAAGGUGAAGCUCGAGCCGUCCAUUUGGCACUGCGCGCCUUUGAAGCGCAUUUAGUCGAUCCUUUACAUAUUUGCGUUGAUAACACUACGGUUAUGAAUACCAUGAGGAGGGGAAUCACAAAUUCAGAUGCUUUGGUAGAAGAAGCAUCUGCCAUUGAUAAGGUUUUGCAAGAAUGCAAUAUACAAGCUACAUGGAGCUAUGUGGCUUCAGAGAAUAACCCAGCAGAUGGUAUUUCGAGAGGGAAAUCUAUUAAAGAGAUAGAUGUAGCCAAAGGGUGGUAUUUGCGAAUGGAAGCGAGGGAAUCUGAUUAA